CUUUAAGAUUCAUCAAGAUCGUUCUGUGUUGCUGUAACCUAUCCUACGAAUUUGAAAACAGGGGUGGUGAUCUUAGACAGACCCCAUGGAUGCCUUACUCUGAGAAAAAAAAAAAAAAUACUUGCGGGGUGGGGUCGGUUCGGUUUAACUUCACCAGCAAAGAAAUCGGUUCGAUUUGUUCUGUUUGCAGAAGAUAAAUGGAAUUAUGGAAGUCGGCUGGGACCAAAAAUCGAAAUAAAUAAAGUUUUAAGGGGAGAGAAAUAUGACCAUAUUAAACACGAAGGACUAAAGAGUAAAACAAAACCAACUUUCGUUUCGCCGAUUAAAUCAAAACUUUAUAGUUCUAGGGUUAGGGUUUAUCUUUCCCUCGGCGUUCCGUACAAAAUGUCGAAGAAGAACGAUUUGGCUCGUAGAAAGAGGCAACACGAAUUCGAGCUUAAACGAGAGAAAGAACUGAAAGAAAAGCAAAAGAAGAAGCUUCAAGCAAAGAAAAACAAGAUGAAAGUUGAUGGUAAAGACAAGAAAAACAAGAAAGGUGGAAGUGGGUUUCAAGUAGGGAAAAGAAAGGUGAAGACCAAAUUGAGCGCAUUGGCGAAAGCUAAAGCUGAUCAAGCAAUGGAACUUGAUAAAUGAGGUUCAUGUUUAUAUCUUCUUUUUUUCUUUUCUUUUUCUUAUGUUGAAAUGCUAGUGAAUUGUAGUAGUAUAUUGGGUGCUGAAUUUGCAGCUUCGUCUUUUGUAAUUCAGAUAUAGGGAACUUUAUGUUUCGUGUUAUUUUUACGAAAUCUCGUGUUUGUUUUGAUAAAUUUGCAUCUCGAAGAUAAGCAAGGCAAAUUUUGGAUUUUUCACAGUA